CCUUCGUAUAUUUUUAUAUAAAUAUAUAUAGGUAUUCUAUAUAAACUUGGCUAUGAGCUGUAGAAAUUUCGUGCAAACUUUCUCUAUCUACCUAUCAUACCUAUCUCUUUUCCUUCAAUAUGACAGUAUCUAACUCUCCGUCAGAUGGUGAUGAGAAGCUCGCGGAGGGUCGGCCUGCCGAGGGUGCUCAGGGGACGGACGUCAAGGCGGAUCACGCCACAUAUCCUAGCAACAAAAAGAGAGUCGUGAUUAUGGCGGCGCUCUAUCUGGCUUCUUUCUUGGUGACUCUGGACCAGAAUAUCAUCUCGACGGCGAUCCCGCGCAUCACUGACGAAUUUCACUCGUUGGGCGACGUCGGCUGGUAUGGCACGGCCUAUCUGUUAACCAUGUGUAGCUUUCAGCUUGUCAUGGGCAAGGUCUUUAAAUUCUAUCCUGCCAAGCCUCUCUUCUUAGCUUGCUGUUUUAUCUUCGAGGUCGGCUCCGCGGUCUGCGGCUCGGCUCCUAACUCGACGGCUUUCAUCGUCGGCCGCGCCAUCCAAGGCUUGGGCGCGUCCGGCUUAUUCUCUGGGUUGAUGGUCAUCAUGUUUCAUACCAUUCCGUUGCAGCAGCGGCCGAUCUACCAAGGCAUCUUCGGCGCGGUCUUCGCCAUCGGGUCUGUAGUCGGACCUCUUAUCGGAGGCAGUUUUACCGAAAAGGUGACCUGGAGAUGGUGUUUCUACAUCAAUCUUCCCGUCGGCGCCGUAUCGAUCCUGGUCACGGCGCUGAUAUUGCACAUACCUAACCAGAAGCUUGACGCGCCGGCCGAAGGAUGGUUCGCGAAGCUGAAACAGCUCGACCCUAUCGGCAACCUUGCGUUUUUCCCGGGUAUUAUAUGCCUAGUCCUUGCUCUUCAAUGGGGAGGAACCGUGUACCCGUGGAGGAGCGCCCGAAUUAUCGCGCUUCUGGUCCUCUGCGGCGUUCUCUGCCUCGUCUUCGUGGGCAUUCAAGUUUGGAAGAAAGAAGAGGCGACCGUUCCUCCUCGCAUCGUGAAGCAGCGCAGCGUCGCGGCUUCUAUCUGGUUCGGGUUCUUCCACGGCGCCGGCAUGAUGGUCUUGACGUACUAUCUUCCGAUCUGGUUCCAGGCCAUAAAAGACGUCAACGCCGUCCAGUCCGGAAUUAUGCUUCUUCCCCUGAUACUCUCUGUGGUUGUCGGUUCUCUGUCUUCCGGCGUGGUCAUUUCUAAGCUCGGCUACUACACGCCGUUCUUUUACCUCAGCUCGAUUCUCAUGCCUAUCGGGGCGGGCCUUUUGACGACCUUCACGCCGACUACAGGUCAUCCCAAGUGGAUCGGUUAUCAGGUUGUGUUCGGGUUCGGUCUCGGCUUUGGUGCCCAGCAGCCGUUAAAUGUUGUUCAGACCGUCCUAGAGAGGCCGGAUAUCGCUACCGGGUCCGCGGUGGUUAUGUUUACGCGCUUUCUUGGAUCUGCGAUAUUUCUACCCGUUGGGCAAAACAUCUUUCUCAACAGCCUCGUUUCGAAACUGACCAAUCUCCCCGGUAUCAGUCCGGCUUCUGUGACGGAUGGCGGUGCCACCGAGUUGAGGAACCUUGCAUCUGGGAACGAUCUCGCGACGCUUCUGCUUGACUAUAAUUCUGCCCUCGUCGACGUGUUCUACAUGAUGGUAGCUACAGCUGGGCUGACUAUCUUCGGAAGCGUUUUUGUGGAAUGGCGCAGUUUGAAGGCUCGUGCCAGAGAGCAAGCAGGUCAGACCCGGAAAUCCGAUGAAGUCCCAGAAACUCGAGAAUCUGUUUGACUUCAUUUGAUGUCUUGUCCGUGUUGCAAUUUUCUAAUGUUUAAGGAGCUAUAAUGAAGCUAAUCUUCGAGGGACUCUAGAAGGGGACAUACAAUCAUCUAUACCUAGAUGGAUAGACCAAACUCGACUUUUUGUAAUUUAGACUAAGUACAUAUUAUAAUAUUCCACUCGUCCAGUUCUAAUAAACUCAUCCUUCUUUAUCGGUCUCCUAUACGCCU